AUGCCCUGCCAGAUUCGUGAUGGGAAUGAGGACUCAGGGGUCACCAAUUCAAUGGGGAAUCAGGAUGAAGAGAGCGUCCGUACUAUGGGGACCCAGGCUUUUAGGCACAGUGCUCCUGAUUCUGUUAUGCCCAGUAACUGGACACAGACCUCCAUAGUUGGAUCACUUUGGGCCAAGAAGCCACCAGUGUUUGCUCUAACUCCCUCAUAUCAAGAUACUCACAAGCAUAUUUUCCAUGGAGUGUACCCCACCAUAUAUAAGCAAUGUGAGGGGGAUUUCUCGUGUGCUCAGCAAUAUGAUGUGCCCUUUUAUACCCCUAUUAUACAGGAUUCCUCUGAUACUAAGCGAGAUGGAUUCAGUCUUAGACAACUGUCACACCGGAAUGAUCCAAAGGAAGUCUGGACAGGAAGCAAUUGUCAUCUAUGUCCCGAGUAUGGCAAGGCCUUCACUUACACUUCGUCUCACACUGAACACAUGAAAAUUCAUACAGGAGAGAAGCCUUAUUCAUGUCUGGAAUGUGGCAAGUCACUUGCUCAAUUCUCAAAGCUUAACAGACACAUGAAAAUUCAUACAGGAGAGAAGCCUUAUUCAUGUCAGGAGUGUGGAAAGGCAUUUGCAAGAUCCUCAAAACUUUCUGAUCACAUGAAAAUUCAUACAGGAGAGAAGCCUUAUUCAUGUCAGGAGUGUGGAAAGGCAUUUGCAACAUCCUCAACUCUUAACAAACACAUGAAAGUUCAUACAGGAGAGAAGCCUUAUUCAUGUCAGGAGUGUGGAAAGGCAUUUGCAAGAUCCUCAACUCUUAACAUACACAUUAAAAUUCAUACAGGAGAGAAGCCUUAUUCAUGUCAGGAGUGUGGAAAGGCAUUUGCAAGAUCCUCAAAACUUUCUGAUCACAUGAAAAUUCAUACAGGAGAGAAGCCUUAUUCAUGUCAGGAGUGUGGAAAGGCAUUUGUAAGAUCCUCAAAACUUUCUGAUCACAUGAAAAUUCAUACAGGAGAGAAGCCUUAUGCAUGUCAGGAGUGUGGAAAGGCAUUUACAACAUCCUCAACUCUUAACAUACACAUGAAAAUUCAUACAGGAGAGAAGCCUUAUUCAUGUCAGGAGUGUGGAAAGGCAUUUGCAACAUCCUCAAAUCUUAACAAACACAUGAAAGUUCAUACAGGAGAGAAGCCUUAUUCAUGUCAGGAGUGUGGAAAGGCAUUUGCAAGAUCCUCAAAUCUUAACAAACACAUGAAAGUUCAUACAGGAGAGAAGCCUUAUUCAUGUCAGGAGUGUGGAAAGGCAUUUGCAACAUCCUCAACUCUUAACAUACACAUUAAAAUUCAUACAGGAGAGAAGCCUUAUUCAUGUCAGGAGUGUGGAAAGGCAUUUGCAACAUCCUCAAAUCUUAACAUACACAUUAAAAGUCAUACAGGAGAGAAGCCUUAUUCAUGUCAGGAGUGUGGAAAGGCAUUUGCAAGAUCCUCAGACCUUAAAAAACACAUGAAAAUUCAUACAGGAGAGAAGCCUUAUUCAUGUCAGGAGUGUGGAAAGGCAUUUGCAAGAUCCUCAGACCUUAACAAACACAUGAAAAUUCAUACAGGAGAGAAGCCUUAUUCAUGU